AUGACAGUACUCACUAAAGUACAACGGGACACUUUCAUUAAGUUCAAAGAGCGGUUUCCGACUCGAGGGCUGCCUCUGGCGAAGCGAAUGUAUCCCGAGGAGUUCGCUGACGUCACUAGUCACGACUGGAGUCGGCUUGUACAUGAAUUAGGGUAUAGCCGAAGUGGUGACAAGCGAGCAAAGAUCACUUCCAGGGAUAGCUCUAGAACGAGGCGUAACACUCAAGAGGCGUCUGAUGAACGCACCCCGACGAGCAUUGCUAGCGAUGAACGGCGUCAAAGUGCCACAAGCGAGCCGGGACCGCUAUCUGAUGGAGCUCGUGACAGCCAGGGUUCGAGUAACAAUAUUGAGGACGCUGGCAACCCUUCCACUGCUCAACCAGCAACUCCCUACAUGAAGUUCCUAACAACACGGCAUCGGGAGCUCAGAGAACAAGGUGUAUUGAAGCUUAUCACACCGCGAGAAAUCACCGCCACUAUUCUUUGCGAAUGGGGAGCAAUGACCGAGGAGCAGCGGACGUCAUAUGAGGCUCCUCCCACCACUGCGAUUAAAGCAGAAGCACUUGCUGAGUCUGCUGUGGAUGACGAUGAUUGUGCAGAAGCGGAGGUGGUGUUUGUUGAAGGCGGCUCGCGGGAGGGUGGUGGCAACCCAGUGGUCUCGACAGCUGAUUAUAUCAUUCCAGCACAACUAUGCUCUGAUGAAGACUAGUACAUU